AGCAUGUGCGAAAGAUCACUAGUUCACUAAUCUGAAUCUGGCCAAAUGGGAAGAAAAAGAAAUCAAAACAAAAUCGUGAACUCUAGAUUCUUUCUUCCGCUUAGUUAAUGAAAUACAUAAGGAAAAACUGACAUUUCCUUUAAGAAUCAUCUUCAGUCGAAUCAGUUCGCAUCAUAAAGACUAUUUUAAACAAUUUAAAAAUGAAUACUAAAAAGUUGUUUUCCUAUGAAACAUUUGUUCAUGCGGUAUCCGGUGCCGCGGGUGGUGUGACUGCUAUGACAGUAUUCUUUCCAUUGGAUACAGUUCGCUCACGUUUGCAAGUUGAAGAAUCUCGUGAAGCUAAAAAUACAAUUUUAGCAAUACAAGAACUGAUAGAACAAGAAGGAAUCUCAAGUUUAUAUCGGGGUUUACAACCAGUGCUGACUAGUCUUUGUUGUUCAAAUUUUGUUUACUUUUAUGCUUUUCAUGGUUUACGAAGUUUAGUAGAAACCAACAAUACUGGAAAAAACGCAGUUAGAGAUUUAACUGUAGCAGCAAUUGCUGGUGCCCUGAAUGUAGUAUUAACUACUCCAUUAUGGGUUGCUAACACAAGAUUGAAAAUGCAAGGUGCCAAAAUUUCUUCCGAAGAUAAGAAAUUACUAGGAAAUCAUCCUAUAUACUACGGAACAAUAGAUGCCAUAAAAAAAAUCGCAGCUAAAGAAGGUUGGCAAUCUCUGUGGAGUGGAAUGGUCCCCUCCUUGAUGUUGGUUAUUAAUCCUGCAAUACAGUUCACUGUUUAUGAAGCCUUAAAGGCAGAAUAUUGCAAAAUGUUUGGAUCCAAGAAAGUUGGAACAUUGUCUAUUUUCAUCAUUGGAGCGCUUGCCAAAAGCAUAUCAACAGUUCUGACUUAUCCAUUGCAAAUUGUACAGUCGAAACUGAGAUAUGGAACUGAGAAGUUGAAGAAAUUAACUGUGAUGCAAAUCUUUGCAUACAUCAUAAGAACUAGUGGAUGUAAAGGCUUAUACAAAGGAUUAGAACCAAAACUUUUGCAAACAACAUUGACAGCUGCAUUUAUGUUUUUAUGUUAUGAAAAAAUUGUAUCAUUUGUAUUUUACUUAAUGGGUAUAUAUCACCCUGUAUGCCCAGCCAGCAGAUAAAUACUGGGCAAAAUGAUUACAUAAAAAAUCUAAAGCACUUCUUUUUAUGAACAAUAUAAACGUUUGUAAAAUAUACAAAUUUUGUAGCAGUUAUUUACGAAUAAUUAUUUAAAAUAUUUAUAAAUUUGUUAUUCAUUAUAUGUUUUUAAUGAAGAUCUGGUUGUAUUUAUACCUCUAAAUUAUUGUUUUAUGCCAAGGAAUUUUGUAAAUAGUUUAAACCUUAAUAAAGUGCUUUCCUAC